GAUGUGCUGUGGUCGAGGAUGUCCUUUCUGUAGAAGCGAUCGCGGAGGUCAGAUCCACCUACGUGGAGGUUGCUGUAGAAAUGAAGGCAAAGAUUCCGUACGGCAACCGCGGGGAGUACCGCUACUCCUUUGGAGUAGCGCAGAAGACACGUCAGAUGUUGCACCACCGAAGCGUGGUGGUUCAGCUACUGAACAACAGCUUUGUGGCGGAAGUACUUCAAAGAUACUAUGGCGAAGGCAAUGUUGUGGUUUGGGGAGGUGGAGGUGAGCUCGUUUGUGCGCAGAACGAUCAGUUUCAAGAGCUGCACUCGGACAUCGCAUUCGGCGCGGGC